CCGGAAGCUAGUCUUCGGGAUUCGUGUAUUUGCAACAUAUGAACAGCUUCCCAGAGGACGGACAACUAACACGGACAUUUUGUAGCUACUUUAUUUGUGUGGUCGAAAUAUUUAUUUCCCGUCUAAAGCGACUGGCGAAAUUAUGGUUAAAAUGAAGGCGCUGCGUUUAACGCGGGUAAAUUAGUCCGUUUCACACCACGAGAAAGAAGCAAACCUGCUGCAGAGUCACUUCACAAUUCAGUUUGGAAGAUUAUUUCAAAUUGAAUAUCAAAGUGGCCAUUUGCUUACUGGAUUUUGACGUCUCUCUACCAUGAGGUUUGCAGUGACAUUACGGGCCAUUGCUUUGGUUCUUAUUUUAGGAUUCACUUGGCUUCUGGCAAAUUCCAUGCUAGGAGGGGAUGGAAACUCCUUGAUACGAUCGCUCUUUAUUGGUGCGCAAGAAGAACCCACUCCAGAACCACGACCACACAAGUACAAAUGUGGCCUGUCAGCACCUUGUCCCCCCAAACAUCUCGCCUUCCGUCUGACCUCUGGUGCUGCCAAUGUCAUCGGCCCCAAAAUCUGUCUGGAGGACAAAAUUAUCCUCAGCAGUGCUAAAAACAACGUCGGCAGAGGGCUCAAUAUUGCUUUAGUAAAUGGGGUCACUGGAGAUGUUUUGGAAAUAAGAGCUUUUGAUAUGUGGGCAGGAGAGGUUUCAGAGUUGCUGAAGUUUAUUCGUCCUCUCCAUGAGGGAACAUUAGUAUUUGUCGCCUCUUUUGAUGACCCGGCCACUAAGUUAAAUGAUGAGGCUAGGCGGUUAUUUGAGGAACUGGGAAGUACAGCAGCGAAGGAGCUGAGUUUCAGGGACAGCUGGGUGUUUGUUGGAGCCAAAGGAAUCGAGAAUAAGAGCCCAUUUGAACAGCGAAUGAAGAACAGUAAAACCAAUAAUAAAUAUGAAGGCUGGCCAGAGUCUCUGGAGAUGGAUGGCUGCAUUCCUCUGCGCGCUCCUUUGGAAACUUAAGGCCUCAAGCGGGCUUUGAACUCUGUGAAGACUUAAAACACAAGGAGAACUACAUACUAAAUUGGCUUCCAUUCAGAAAGUGGCUCAGACGUCUGAAAUGGAAAAACUUGAACAAAUAACUGGAAGAAUUUGUGUGGGCCUGUGGAAAUCGAAUUGCGAUUGACAAAAGAAUAGUUUUAUGAAGAAAAAAUAUUGGCACAAUUAAUAUUUUUAACAAUAUUUAAAUGAUUCUAUAUAUACAAUUUAAUGUGUAAAGCUAAGACUGUAUAAAAUCUGUGCCUGAAGGAUCACAUUUGCAUUUAAAGAUAAUUAUAUGCACAUGAAAGAAUGUACAAAGUCGAUUGGGGGAUUAUCUAUUUGUGAAUCAAGUUGCACCAAUCUUUUUCCCCUUGUAGUUUUUAAAAAAAUAAUGCACCAAUGCAUUGCACUGUAUAAAUAAUCUUUGAAUCACCACAA